AUGAUUUUUCUCUUCCUGUUUCUAUUCUGUUUCUCAGUGACCAUCGGACGACCUGUAGAUCAGUUACCGCAUUGCUCCAGAAGUAGUGUAAUGGAAGGAGGAAUCCGCGAACUUGAUGGUAAAGAUGGAAGAACGAAUAUCUUCAGUGCUGUCCAUUUCUCUAUGGCUUUAAAUGAGACAGCCUGUGUUACUUUGAAGGUGAACAACGAGUCUUCUGUCCUUCACAUUUUAGAGUAUGUGCGGCUCGAGCAACACCAUCCCAUAUCAGGCAAGUAUACUUUUGGCAUACCGCGUAUCACUCCCUCCUGUAUUUGUGAUUGCGCUGGUGGAGAAUCGCUUUGCCGCAUGGAACAAUAUAACUACAAAAACUGCUCUAGUAGUCCAUUAUGCUAUGCGACUUAUCAUCCAGUUCAAUCAAACAUUGGAUGUAUAGGAGAACAGAAGAGUGAAGCAUGCUGCAAGUUAAAGAUUGAACCGUAUAAGGAUUGGACAUUUACUGCUAUUAGAAUAAGCCAACCCGAUACUAUUCUGGUAUUCAGUUAUCGCAUCUACGAUAGAAACAACAAUAACAACCAAUGGAGACAAUACUCAGAAGAAACCAUUGAAGUCGUCAUGAACAAGGGAAGUUCGAAGUUACACUUCAACACUCAACACAAAAUUGAAUUGACUGUUGCUGGAAGUCGUCCAAACAGAGAAGUUACUCCAGGAAUGUAUUUUGUCAGAGACGGAACCAAUGAGGUGCGAUCUGGAGUACCAAUCAAUGAUAUACAAACAUCCGAUUUGGGAAAACUUGGAUGGUUGAAAUAUAAAGACGGCAAAUGGAGUGUAUCCAACGGUCCAGCUAAAAUCAAAGAAAAAUACCACAUGGAUGUUCAUGAUUGUAAAGCUCAGAUAUACAGCUCCACGUUCAAUGGAGAGCAAGUUGUGAUAUCUUCAUCAGAUGAAGAUCAACUAAACUUUCAUUUGGGACAACCUUUAUCUGAUGAUCCUUGGAUUCGUACAGCUGCUGUUCAAGACCGUGUUGUUCGUGUUGAGCAUGCCGAAGGAGUCACCAUUAUGAUUCACAUGAUCACAGAGACACGACCUAAUAUCUUGAAGCAUACGUCUCAAUUAGGUGAUUUCAAUGGGGCGAUGCAUUUAGGUGAUAACAGUGUACGGUCUCUCAAACUGAAUUUCUCUAGAGCCCGAGGAACUAUUUUCGGACGAAUAUUCACAAGUGAAACUAAGAAAGAUCAAUUAGAUAUGGCUCUCUCUAUUCAAAUCGGCGAUUCUGAUACGAGAAAUCAUACAUCAACUAUAUCACUUCCAGCAAGUAUUGAUGGAAAAAGGUAUAUUUGUUUCCAUCCAUCAGGCGACGAGGAAGGAGAACUAUGCAAGUGGAUCAAUUUCGAGGUUGAAGAUUUGAAAACAUACAGUCAAGCUCACACAUGGCAAACAGGCAAAGGAAUAUGUGAGAGAUGCAAUGAAAGAGGGCCAGAAGCAAUAUGGGCUGUAUUGGAUCCUAGAUCAUAUAUGGAUGGAAUAAACUCACCAAAAGAGCUUAUUGCAUUCGUUUUUGAAGCUACUCUUGUAGUAGUUUUGAUAUUAGCUGUAAUACUCGUAUGUACAAAAUGUCUAAUACCACUGGCUCGAUGUUCACUACAUGUUCCCAGAGUAUCAUCGAAAAAGUAG